AUGCGUUUCUGGUACUGGUGGUAUUGGACAAGCCCUAAGGGAAUAAUCUCUUUAUUAUUUCUGCCUUUCUUUCCCAUGACGACCAGGAACGAGCAAAUCAAAAAUUUCACUUCGAACUUCGGACCUCAACAUCCUGCUGCUCAUGGUGUUUCACGAUUAGUAUUGGAAAUGAACGGAGAAGUGGUGGAACGCGCGGAACCACAUAUUGGAUCACUCCAUAGAGGGACUGAGAAAUUAAUAGAGUACAAAACUUAUCUUCAAGCUUUACCUUAUUCUGAUCGUUUAGACUAUGUUUCUACGAUGGCCCAAGAACACGCUCAUUCUUCAGCCGUAGAGAGACUUUUGAAUUGCGAGGUACCAUUACGAGCUCAAUAUAUACGAGUGUUAUUCCGUGAAAUAACUCGAAUUUCAAAUCAUUCACUUGCUUUAACUACUCAUGCUAUGGAUGUGGGAGCAUCAACUCCGUUCCUGUGGGCUUUUGAGGAGCGGGAGAAAUUGUUGGAAUUCUAUGAAAGAGUCUCGGGAGCCAGGAUGCAUGCCAGUUUCAUACGACCAGGUGGAGUGGCACAAGAUCUGCCUCUUGGCUUAUGUCGAGAUAUUGAUUCCUCCACACAACAAUUUUCUUCUCGUAUCGACGAAUUAGAAGAGAUGUCAACCGGCAACCGUAUCUGGAAACAACGAUUAGUGGAUAUUGGUACUGUCACUGCACAGCAAGCAAAGGAUUGGGGAUUCAGUGGUGUAAUGUUAAGAGGUCUUAAGUGGUGGGCCUACCCAUCCCAACCAGGGGUAUGCUGGGAUUCGCGAAGAGCAGCACCUUACGAUGUUCAUGACCAAUUGGAUCCUGACGUACCAGUAGGUACCAGAGGAGAUCGCUAUGAUCGUUACUGUAUUCGUAUCGAAGAGAUGCGACAAAGUGUUCGGAUCAUUGUGCAAUGUCCUAAUAAAAUGCCUAGUGGCAUGAUCAAAGCCGAUGAUCGUAAGCUAUGUCCUCCAUCACGAGGCCGAAUGAAACUAUCCAUGGAAUCGUGCAUUCACCAUUUCGAACCUUAUACAGAAGGUUUUUCCGUACCAGCUCCUUCUACCUAUACCGCAGUUGAAGCACCUAAAGGAGAAUUUGGUGUCUUUCUGGUCAGUAAUGGAAGCAAUCGUCCCUACCGUCGUAAAAUAAGAGCACCUGGCUCUGCCCAUUCACAAGGACUCGAUUCUAUGUCCAAACAUCACAUGCCAGCAGAUGUGGUCACCAUCAUAGGUACUCAAGAUAUUGUGUCUGGAGAGGUGGAUAGAUAGGACUACUAGUUGCUCGAUCAGGACCCUAGCUUUAUUGCGAGCCAAAAACCUUGAUGGACUCCCCUUCCCCUUCGAUUCUCAGUACUAGAGAUGAACGAAUUCCAUACGCCCGAAAUUAAGAUCGAAGAAUUUGCUUUAUGUUGUUGAUAUUGGAAUUUCAUGAACGCGGAGCCAACGAGUUCAGUCGAACAGCUUAUAUAGUAAAUAAAUAGAAGUGGAAGAGCCUUUCGUUGAUACUAUUCUAUUGUUGCGGCUUCUGGUUGUUCAUGCUAUACUAUUCAUUAAAAAAACUAAAAGUAGCCCAAGGAAUAAGGCCUAUUUAUGAGUUCUUGGAUUGCUUUCGCCACUCCUUGGUCGCCAAUGUUGUCAUUAUUUCCUAUGACAAAGCAGUAUGGUCAAUUUCCCGUAUCUCACCUUAUAGGUGCUAAAUAAACUAUAAGCUUUGCAAAGAAACGAGUAUCCCCAGGAAGUAAGAAAACAAGCAAGUUAUCAAGGUUUAAAAGAGUUCUGUCAAAGGCCACGCGAAUCAAAGUGUUGAUUCGCGUUACCGCGGCCUCUUUGAAUCACACCUAAACGCGAAUGGGCGAUCGGAUCGAAGACGAACUACUUUUUUUUAGUCCCUUAUGACUACGCCAAUGCCAACGAGAAUGCUGCUGUAGCUAGGAGGUCAUUCCCACCUCAGCAGCAAAUUCAGGUGCAUCAACAGCAACAACAGGCACAAGUGGCUAAAUCCUUCACAACACAAAAUAUGGGAUCGAAAUGCCUGAUUACAACGCGCAACCGCCUGCGCAGAACCUUGAAACAAUUCGAUCAAUUUGAAGUUUGAAAUGAAAGAAGACGACCAAAGUGGCAGCUCUCUCCGUCUCCCGAAAUUCAUUAAGUUUAUAACCAAACCGCCGAUACAAUCCAUCAAUAAUGAACUAGACGGCGGAUACGGAAGCAGAGGUUCUUCGUGAGUGGAUUAACCGCAUAAGAGAAGAUCCAAGGCUAUUAUCCUCUAUCUAUAAAUAUAAAGGGUACCUGGGGAAAUAGUAAGAAGGGGCUACAUGGUAAGGGGGGAGGCGACGAAAGGAACUUCUUGCAUUGAGUCGGAAUAUCCCCCUUUCGUACAUGAGUAGACUGCUCGUUACGCCCCUUUCUUUUUUUGCGGACCGAAUAGACGUGAAAAUGCUUUUCCGGGGAGUGCAGGCUAUGGCUGGAGUUACACAACGCACACCUGGCGGUUAGCAGUCGAUAAGUGCACUACAACUACUCAGAAACCAUAUCAGGACAUCCCGGCCAGAGAAAAAAAUAGACCAGUUAGUUGAAAGGUAAUGCUAGAGUACGCAGAAAAUAAGGAAUGAAUUUGCCAAGAUGGAACCCUUGCUUGAACUGACCAUCAACCUCCUAUUGCUCUAUAGCUCAAGAAAAGAAAAGGAAGUGAGCUAACUCGACGAGAGUAAAAUGAAAAAAAUCGUAGCACCUCGCCACAAAGCAACCUUUAUAGGAGUACAAACAUCCGCAUAGGGGGUAUGAGAUCUCACAGGAGAUUGAGGUGUGAAUUGAAAGCCUCUCAAGGUACCAGUAGCAAUCUUCUCCUUUCUAAUAACUAAUAAUUUAGCGCCCCUCCGAUCCCAUUAUGAACAAGUAAGGUGACAACGGGCACCCUUGCCUCAGUCCAAUGGUUGAUUUGAACCAGCUGGUAAGAGUUUCAUUCCAUUUUCUUUUUUCUUUUAAAGAGAAAUGUCCCGGGAAUUCAGUCUAAGUCUGAGUCACCUGAGUCUAAUUCGGAGUCUGAUAAUGAGAGGUAUACGCUAAUAUAUAGAAAGCUCCCCCUUUGUUUUCUUUUCUCAUUCCUGCGAUUCAUAUUGAUUGACUAUCCGGUCAGAAAUCAAAGUCUUUUAGCCAUGGAUGAUACGAUUACCUUUCUUGCUCGACUCGAGAGGAUUAAAGAGAAGACAGCGCCAUGUUAAUGCGAUCGAAAGAAAGGACUAUGCGAAAUUAAAUGAAAUGGUACUUCGUCAAACCUUCCACGCGCAGCAGAUUCAAUAGCAAUUGCAGCUACUUCUAUCUUCCUUAUUUGAUUUAGUCAAUCUUUUUUCCUAUCCGUUCCGUGGCAUGAACGAGAAGCAUCCUCUGAUCAGAUCUCAGUCUUAAUUAUAUCUUUAAUGAUGUACUUAAUUUAAUCCAUGACCAAGGCACAUAUUAAUAUUACAUUUAGUACAAUAAAUAGUAAGUCGGGGUACUAGGCCCUUUUUGUUUCGUGUUUAGCCGUUGAACGACAAUCCUCAAGAUUUUGUAGUUGGUCAGGAGGAAGAGAGAAGGCUGUUUACCUACUGCCGAGAAGCACCAUUAGGGUUUCAUGGCAUAGAUUAAAGGACAUAAAAGAAGGUAUUCUCUUUAUACAAUAUAGCUACUUUGCAAUACUUGCUACUAGACUGUAUAGCUGUAUAAGCAUAUACUUGCUACUAGACUCUAUCUCUUGCACAGCUUAUCUACUCUAUCUCUUUCUCUAUAAGACCUACGGUGCAUAAUAAAUAUCUUAUAUAAGAAACCACGCGACCGUAGUCAAGUGAAUCUUGCUUUAUUCUAAACAUCAUUGCAUUCGAGAAAAGCAUUCUGUGAUAACGAACGGGUUGAUGCCACGCAGCUAGCCCCGGGUGAAGGCUUAGUCUUUCGACUAAGUUAGUAAGCGGAGUCGGAUUGAAUUGCCUGGCAACACUGGGCGUAGAUUACCGCUAAUAGUUAUCCGAAGCACUUUUAUAAUGCAAUGAUGUUUAGAAUAAAAGCACAUUCCGGCAGGAAAAAAAAAGAGUGUUGCGAAAGUUACGCUAGAAGCUAGAAGAUAGGUUUCAACUUGUUUUGGUUGAAAGGAUAUGAAAGCCUGACCCGGAAGAACAAAGGCAACUUGCCCCAUAGAGUGUGUGGGCCGGGACGGGGCGGUACUUGUGAUAUUUCGGCUUGGGACGCAUUUGAUUUUGAAGUUUUUUGGAUGUUCAAUACUAUUGGAUGGGUUACUUUUUAUUGGCAUUGGAAGCAUAUCACAUUAUGGCAGGGUAACGUUUCGCAGUUUAACGAAUCUUCCACUUAUUUGAUGGGCUGGUUAAGAGAUUAUUUAUGGUUAAACUCUUCACAACUUAUCAAUGGAUAUAACCCUUUUGGUAUGAAUAGUUUCUCGGUCUGGGCUACUGGAUUUAUGUUCUUAAUUUCCUGGCGGGGCUAUUGGCAAGAAUUGAUUGAAACUUUAGCAUGGGCUCAUGAACGCACACCUUUGGCCAAUUUGAUUCGUUGGAGAGAGAAACCGGUGGCCCUUUCCAUUGUGCAAGCACGAUUGGGUUGGAUUAGCCCACUUUUCCGUAGGUUAUAUAUUCACUUAUGCGGCUUUCUUGAUUGCCUCUACAUCGGGAAAAUUUGGUUAAUUUUUUAAUGUCUUAUAUUUUAUUUGCGAUAAUCUCAUUUUUUUGUAUACUGCGCGAUCAGGACAAGAAGAGAAAGUAGAGUUGGAUGUCCGGAAGGAGGGGAAGCGUCGUUUAGUUAGGAACUGAGAUAGUAGAGACCGAUAUAGAGAGAGGGCUGUAGCGUCAUCAAUAUUGAGAGUUUGGGCCUUCGAGAACAAAUACUGGACCGGGAAUAAAAAAUGGAAAAAGAAAGUAAAGUAUACGCGCAUAUGGCGCGAAAAGGAAAUCCGAUUUCGGUAAGACUUGAGAAAAAUCGUAGUUCAGAUUCAAGUCGGUUCAGUGAGGGCGACCGCGAAAGUCACCAAAGGGGGCAGCCUUUUCCUUCCGUUUGUCAAAAAGAAAAAAAUAAAGGCGUGGGAGGACGUUGCAGAUGUCCGCCCCGGACACGACUUCUUCUAACGCUAGAAGACCACUGGAAGACACCCGGGACCAGAGCAUGUCGUGAAAGAAGCACACUGGGCGGGCGUGCUUCGACCGUGUCUCCGGGGCACCGUUGAAUGUAGAUAUCAUGAACGCGAGGUGCAGGAUACCAGGCCGAUAAACCCGGGCAAUCCCCUAUGUGCCAAUCGCUAGCGCAUCCAGGGCCCGGCGCCCAGCUCAGCUGGAGAGGCCUAGCCUGAUCUGAGAAGUAAGUGCUAAUUGGGUUCGGAUAGACUUCAUUCAAGAACGCCGCCGCCCCUGGAAUCAAUAAGAAAACAAGUGCUAAGUUUCAGAUCAACGAAACGAAAGAAGAGACGUUUCUCGCUCGGCACCUAAAGCGCACUAUGCCCCGCUUCAACAAAUGAGAGUUUUCGGCGAAACCGGUGAACCACGCGAGCUGGUUAGAGAUGCGUGGGGCAGAGGGCUCGUAGUACCUGCUAGCGCAGCUAUGCAGUGGAAGGGAAGGAGCCUAAAUCAACCCCCUUCUUUAUUUUUUUCUUUUAAAAAAGAAAAAAAUAAGUACAAGGAGAUUAUACUCUCGGAUGAGACUAAGCAGCUACCGACCGUUCCGGCGCGCCCUUGACCUAUCUUGAUUAAGACCGAAAACCUAUCUAAAGUGGGGCCUAGUUUAAGCUGUCAAACAAAUGAUAGAAUGGAAAAAAAAGAAUAACCACUAGUAGGGAUAGGGAUAUGGGUGGAGUCUCGCUCAGUAAAGAGAGUUUUAGAUUCGUAAAACAGGAGAAGAGCCCGUACUUUCUAUUCCUAUUAGUCAAUCGCGCUAGCUGCAAUCAAACUAAAGCAAGAAGGGAGGGCGCUUGUUGCCGCUUUAUUAAUUAGUAAGUAAGCUUGUUCAGGCGAAAGGUUGCUUUACUAAGAUUCUAAUAUAAGGCGCGUUAGCGCUUUAGAAAGAUUGCUCGUUAGCUAGGCCGUUUUCAAUAAGGACGUUUAGUCUUGACUAAUAAGAUAGAAAGGGCUUUUUCAUCAGGCAGGUUUGGAACCCUAUACCCUAUACAAAACAAAGGGCGUUUCCUUUCAAAAACUUCCUCUUACUGCUGCGAGGGCGUUGCACGAAACCAAACCGCCCCCGCCCGAUCAAGUACCAGUUGCUUCGCCGGUAGGCCCACUUAGGGUAGGGGGCAUUGUCCCUCAGUUCUUACCAACCCCCCCGGUGUGUGUGUAAUCGACAUCUUGCUAGCUUCAACUCAGUCGAAUAAGAAUCAUUGAUUCCCUCUGCUGUCCAUUUUUUAUUCAUUCAGGGCGCUCGGCCGGUGCUCCUUUCUCAAACCAUAAUCUUAACGUUAGGGAAGAUAAGGAAAGACCACCUGAGCGAACCGACCGAAGGGACUUGACUUAUCCGAACCAAACGAUAGCAGCUUAAAGCUAGGCUUAUCACGAGCAGCGUCGCUGCUUGAUCAGCGGGGAGGAGUAUCUCAUCAAAGUAUGGGGCAAAGGAUACAAAUUUUUUUAUCCCGGGAUACACCACAGGUUGGGUUUGAGAGCCGUGUGAUGGGUGACUAUCCAGCACGGUUCGGAGAGCACUUUUAGUCUGCGUUGGUGAAUGGAAGCCCCCCCUAUCAAGCAAGAAAGAAGCGGCUCUUCCCACGGCGGAGUCAGCAUUGACUCUAUUUAUUAUUAUGGUAAAUCAGUGUAUCAAGAUGUUAAUAUGAGAUCUUAUUUCGGUUCGAUACGUCCACCUACGAGACUCACCUUUGGCUUUCGUCUCGGUAGGUGUCUUAUUCUACAUUUUCCCAAAAGAACAUUCAUUCAUUUAUUUCUUCCCCGUCGACCACGACGACUGAAACGACGCGAAAAAUCCAGACCCGGAAAGAAAAAGAAGAAGGGGGGCCGGUGGUGGGCAUUUGGGAAAGUCGGGCCGAUCGGGUGUCUUCAUUCAAGCGACGAUACAGAAAAAGAACGAAACGAAGUGAGAGGCCGGGAGACAGGGAAAAGAGCCGAGUCGAUCGGGCUCGACGACCGGGAGAAGAAAAAUGCAAUCUGGAUUUGGCCGAAAAAGAAGCAACGCUAUGGAUACCAUGACCGAUCACCGUCGAUAAAGAUUCUUCUUUCUAAAUCACUUCGGGUCAGCGGGGCCUUCAAGCAUCCGAAAUACGCCGGGGUUGUAAAUGACAUAGCGUUCCUGAUCAAAAAUGACGACUCUUUCAGAAAAACGAAGUUCUUAAAGUUAUUUUUCCAAAAGAAGUUCCGCUCCGACAGCCCGACGAGUCAUCUACUUAAAAGGACCCUCCCUUCAGUGCGCCCUUCCUUGAAUUUGUCGGCCGUGCAAUACUGCUUAUUGAAUACAAAGAAAAAAAUGCAUUUCGACCCCGUCGUAGUUCUCAAUCAUUUUUUGGCAUCGGGCGUGGCUGAACCAUCUACGAUGGGGGGGGCUAAUGCACAGGGAAGAAGCUUAGAUAAGAGAAUACGUUCUCGCAUCGCUUUUUUUGUAGAAAGCUCGACCGGUGAGAAAAAGUCUUUGGCCGAAGCCAAAAAGAGGUUGACCCGCUUAAUUCGCUUGGCGAAUGAUCUUCGCUUCGCGGGAACAACAAAAACCACCAUCUCGCUCUUUCCUUUCUUUGGUGCUACCUUUUUCUUUCCAAGGGGUGGGGUUGGGGUGUAUAAGAACCUUAUUUUUGAGGAUGCCCGGGAACCACUCCUGGGUAAAUUAAGGAAAAAAUGUUGGAACCUCAUGGGUAAGGAUAAGGUAAUGGAAUUGAUAGAUAAAUUCAUAGACCUAGGCGGGGUAGGAGAAUUGAUAAAGGGAAUAGAGAUGAUGCUAGAGAUCAUACUGAGAAACAGAAUAAUUCCAUACGGGUACAACUCUUAUUUGAACGAAGUUAAAAAAAUGCGAUCUUUGUUGUUUAAUAGAACAAAUACUAAUACCUUAAUUGAGUCAGUCAAGAUAAAAUCUGUUUAUCAAAGUGCUUCUCCGAUUGCCCAAGACAUCUCUUUUCAACCGAGAAACAAAACAAGAUCAUUUCGUUCCAUUUUUAGUAAAAUAGUGAAGGAUAUUCCAUUAGUAAUGAAAAAGGGGGUGGAGGGGAUCCGUAUAUGUUGUUCAGGUCGAUUAAAGGGUGCAGAAAUAGCUAGAACUGAAUGCGGAAAGUCUGGAAAAACAUCUCGUAAUGUAUUUAACCAGAAAAUAGAUUAUGCUCCUGCGGAAGUAUCUACUCGUUACGGAAUCUCAGGUGUCAAAGUGUGGAUUUCAUAUAGUCUACAAAAAAGGGGACGUGCUAUAUCCGAAACGUAGAAAAUAUAGUAAAUAUCGUAAAGGCAGAUGUAGUAGGGGUUGCAAACCGGACGGUACACAACUUGGUUUUGGAAGAUAUGGCACUAAAAGUUGUAGAGCGGGGCGUCUUGCAUAUCGAGCCAUUGAAGCAGCGCGUCGGGCUAUAAUCGGACAAUUCCAUCGUGCUAUGAGCGGAAAAUUCCGAAAAAAAUGGUAAGAUAUGGGUAAGAGUUCUCGCAGAUCUCCCUAUUACCGGGAAACCUACAGAAGUCAGAAUGGGAAGAGGAAAAGGAAAUCCUACGGGUUGGAUUGCUCGUGUGUCCACGGGACAAAUCCUAUUUGAAAUGGAUGGUGUGAGUUUGUCAAAUGCUCGACAAGCCGCUACAUUAGCGGCGCAUAAACCAUGUUCGUCAACCAAGUUUGUUCAGUGGUCGUAAUUAGUUAGUGGGGACAAAACCCACCGAGAGUGGAGCCUGGAACAAAGGGACAGGGGGGAAAUUAAAUUCCUAGCUAGGGUUGAGCGAGAUAUCAGAGAACGCGGCCCCUACUCUAACUAUAUGAUUGAGAUCUUAGGGGAUAACGGGUAAAAACGCUUUGCCUUAUCUAUGAUUCUCCUUCGGACUCUCAUUCUCAUUUGGGUUUUCAUAUUAUGGAUCUUGGUUACCAUAGUACUACGGCCUUCGAGAACAAAUACUGGACCGGGAAUAAAAAAUGGAAAAAGAAAGUAAAGUAUAAUAAUAUGGCACGAAAAGGAAAUAUGAUUAUCCACCGUUAGUCAGUAAUGUGGGUUGGCUUGGAUUACUUAGUGUUGCGCGCCUAGGAGGGCAGCGCGCUUUGGGAUGCGGAGCAGCUAUUAUCGCCCAGCUCCGUCUCCCAUGCUUGGCUUGCCAAGAUCUCUGCUUUCCCGCGUAGUCGUCUGUCGGUCAAACCAACGACUCUCUUCUCACAAAGUAAUAGAUAGAUCCUUUUAUAGUUAGACUUCUAUCAAUGCAAUGAAAGAACCAUCCCUUCCUAUUUGUUUGCCCUGGUCAGAUAGAAAGAAAAUUAUACCCCAAAGAGCCCUUCUUUACCACUUUAGGGGGUGGGGGUGAAGGGGGGGUUUACAUACCAACCGAGGCAAAGUAGUUUAUGAUUGAAUCUCAGAGGCAUUCUUAUCAUUUGGUAGAUCCAAGUCCAUGGCCUAUUUCGGGUUCCCUCGGAGCUUUGGCAACCACCGUAGGAGGUGUGAUGUACAUGCACCCAUUUCAAGGGGGUGCAACACUUCUCAGUUUGGGCCUCAUAUUUCUCCUAUAUACUAUGUUCGUAUGGUGGCGCGAUGUUCUACGUGAAUCCACGUUGGAAGGACAUCAUACCAAAGUCGUACAAUUAGGACCUCGAUAUGGUUUUAUUCUGUUUAUCGUAUCGGAGGUUAUGUUCCUUUUUGCUCUUUUUUGGGCUUCUUCUCAUUCCUCUUUGGCACCUACGGUAGAGAUCGGAGGUAUUUGGCCCCCAAAGGGGAUUGGGGUUUUAGAUCCUCGGGAAAUCCCUUUUCUUAAUACCCUUAUUCUCCCUUCAUCCGGAGCUGCCGUAACUUGGGCUCAUCAUGCUAUACUCGCGGGGAAGGAAAAGCGAGCUGUUUACGCUUUAGUAGCUACCGUUUCACUGGCUCUAGUAUUCACGGGCUUUCAAGGAAUGGAAUAUUAUCAAGCACCCUCCACUAUUUCGGAUAGUAUUUAUGGUUCUACCUUUUUCUUAGCAACGGGCUUUCAUGGGUUUCAUGUGAUUAUAGGUACUCUUUUCUUGAUCGUAUGUGGUAUUCGCCAAUAUCUUGGUCAUCUGACCAAGGAGCAUCACGUUGGCUUUGAAGCAGCUGCAUGGUACUGGCAUUUUGUAGACGUGGUUCGGCUAUUCCCAUUUGUCUCUAUCUAUUGGUGGGGAGGUAUAUGAAGAAACGGAAACAAUAGAUUAAAGGAAGCUCGAAGACAAAGAGAAGAGAGAGGGCUUUUACAAAGAAUUACUGCAGCUUUCCCGCUCCCCUUUUAUAGUAGCUUCCAAGAAAUGAGAUAUCGCCGCAAAUUCAUUGGUUUUUGCUAUAACGGACUUAAAAAAGGUCUUCCGGGUUGUCCUGAAAAUCCGGUGCCGAAACAAUUUUGGUCGAGACUGCGAUAGUAAAAAAAAAGUGUUUUGGUUCUCUUUUAAUCGUAAUCAAAGAUGUUUUCUUGUCUCUCCUUUCUUUUCUGAACAAAUCGAAGAACCUAAUGGAUCGAACUCCUCCCUGUAAACUACUUAUUUAGAAUGAAGGGUGCCUAAUGGUAGACCUAGAUAUAAAAGUAAUGAAGUAGUAGAGAAAAAGCAUUCGAUCAAUCAAAGUCUGCUUACGAGAUGAAGCAUUCCAGUUGUUAUUUUAUUCCCGAGUUAGAGCUUGUUGUUGCUUUUUUAUUCGUUUUCUCUUUUCUUCAAUGAACGGAAGACCUUUCUUCGUAUGGUACCUAUGACCGAGCUAUUCCUGCUCUUUCUUUGCUGAAGAAAGAAAGCUAACGAUUGGAAGCCGUAAGCGCGGACACGCUACCUGUGUGGUUAAGCAUAUAGCUAGCGUUCCUUCUGAGCCACUUUUGCGAGAAAUUGUGGGCACGAGGAAACUCCUUACCUCCGCCAGCGACUUGGGGGUUGACCAUUCCCGGACAGACUUCGUCUUCUCAGGACCUAUCUUGACUCCGGAUGAGCCGAUGAUGUGCCCCAAGUAUACCAGCUCCCUCCUCCCUUUUUGCUCAUAAGUAAGCUCUUCUCCGUAUGGGCUUUCAGCUAGUGCUCACGCAGAGCUUCUAGAACAGCCUCUACGUGUUUCAGAUGCUCCUCCCAGGUCUUGCUAUAAACCAGAUGUCGUCGUCGUAGACCGUGACGAAUUCAUCCAAUCUAAAUAAGGCCUAAGAACAUCGUUCAUCAGCCGCAUAAAGGUUGCAGGUGCGUUGGCCUUACCGUAAUAGGGCCGAAUGGCAUGACGACCCAUUCAUAUAACUCUUGCCUUGUCUUUAACGCGGUCUUCCAACGCCUUCCACCACUUGCACUUGGUGGUAUCCCGACUUUAAGUCUAUCUUGGUGAAGUAACGGGCUCCCUUAACUAGUCAAAUGGGAAUCAGACAUCUAUCCUUGGCAAAGGAUAGCGAUUCUUUACUGUGAUCUUGUUAAGGGCGCGAGAAUCCUAAUCCACGCACAUGCGCCACGAGCCUUCUUCGGCACCAAGACCUUUAGAGAGAGGGGCGAGGCACAAGAGGAUGUACUGGGCCAACCAUGACCCUUUUCGAGCAGCUCUUUGCCGCCUAAUCUCCUCAUUGGCCAAUGUCGACGUCCUGUAACACCGUUGUUGGGUAAGACUGCUCCCUGUGUGAGUUCAAUCGAGUGUGCUCCAAGCUGAUACAGGCUUUAAAUAAAAAAAGAAGCUACAGCUAAAUGAAACCAAAGCUUGAAAGCUCAAUUCCUAGCUGCUAGAGCUAAAUCAAAGGCUACUACCUUAGCUGUUCUAGUAGCUCCUUUGAUUUGGCGUAGGGAGGGUGGAAGCUCUAUAGGACAAUAGCUUUGGGCUAUUUGGAAGCUAUGCUAUAUAGGAAGAGAUAGCAGCGGCUGGCUACUAGCUUUGCUUUUGCUAUUAGCUCGUGCUAGUACUUUAGGAGAGGAGCAACUAUCUUGCUUAGGGAGGUAUUUAAUAUCAAAGAAUUGCGGAUCCUAGAUAGCUUAGUAGCUUAGGAGCGGAGCAAUUCAAUAACUUUAGGAGCCCUAAAAAAAAUGAGCAUAGCUCUUGCUAGUAGUCAGCUUUAGGAGCCAUUUUCAAGCUGUAGAAUAGCAAAAUAGCCUUGCUUUAGUAGCUGUACAACCAAGCAGGCAAAGCUAGUAAGGCCCGCGCAAUUACCUUGCAGAACUCUCCUUGCUGCUAGAGCGAGCGCAAGAAAUGACUUGCGCGAGCAAGUAUGAUAUAAAUUGCACUCGCUCAAGCUAAAAGAGUUUUAGAGCAACAUUUGCGAAGGAUUAAUAAAUGGACUGCUUUAUUGUACCGGUAAGCCCUGCUUAUCAAUGCAAUAGUUUCGGAGCAAGCUAUGUGGUUCUACACCAAAUAAAUGGCUCCUAAAGCGAAGCAGCUACUAGAAAGAAAGUAGUCGCCGCUAAGCAAAGCUAUUCUAUUUUUGUUGAAGGCUCCUAAAGCUAUGGAACCUAAGCUCAUAGUAAGAGCCGCAGCAAGCUAGUAGCCGCUCGCUAUGUUAUUCGAUGUUAAGGCAAGCUAUUGUGAAUUGUUCCUAACCAAAGAAAGGAGAGAUAUAGAUUACGUUCAUCUCAUAAGUUCCUUUUCACUCCUAAAUGAAAGCAAAACUAAACGAUAAAUUCAGAACUCCUAGCGCAAAAGAGUAGCCGCUGCGAUGCCUAUGCUAUUUGAUUUCCUAUAUAGCUUGGGGCCACGCGCAAGCUCCUAUCGCAAAGUAAGUAGCCUUCUUUUUGUUUCUAUAGCUUCAAAGCCGCCCCCUACCCUAUGAUAAAUAAAAGGAACUCCAGGGUUUACGGGUACUCAAUUUCGGCUUAUAGAGCUUAUUUUUCGCCCUAUGCUAAAGCAAAGCCCUAUCCCGCCUAUGCGCCUAUGCCUCAAGUAAAUAAAUAAGCUAAUAGCAACCGCGCGUUGUAGCAGCAAAGAGGAAGGAAUUUUCUGCUGCUAAAAGAAGAUAAGGAGGUUUCCAAUACCAAAGGAGUGAACUUCACUAGAAAGGCUAAAGGCUAUAGAAGUACAUCACCAGUUUCUAAAAAAUGAAAGAAAUGAAAAAGGUGAAUCAUAGUAUAUAUAACGCCCGGUUACUCCCAUCUCCUCUUACUUACGCAUUUCCAAUCAAAUCAUGAUCCCAUCUCGAUCAAUUUCGCAUUGAUCAAGGCGGGCAUUUCCAUCCAUUUCUAUAGAGUAAGGGGGCAGCUCGCGGAGCUUUCUCUCCUAGUUAAAAGGAGAAAGGGCUUUUUCUAGAGCGGGAGGUGAGUAAGGGGGGGUUGUUGGCUAGCUCGUGCAAUCAACGAAAAAAAACUUCGCGUUAGUAAGCUAGCUUUGUAAGCCAAGCAAGCCUGGUUCUCCGGGCACUACGGUAGGACGUGGAUCGAUCAUGACGAGAAUGGACUUCUUCGUAAUAUAAUAGAAGAGUCACAGUCCAGUUCCCCGGGCUUCUCCCUUCUCGACCAGACGAGGGAGAUAUUCAUUCCAUUCAGGCGGGUAAGGGCUUGUGUGUUCCCCCCUGGUCGGGUCGCAGGCGAAAACUUGCAAAGUUCAUCAUUCAGCGGUGGGGUGUUCAUAGAAAAGAAGGCGUCGCCCAACGAAUGGCAGAUUUGGGUGGGGAGUCUCGCUCUAUAGAUAGAGGAAGAGUACGCGCGCUAGCGCGCUACGGCUUACGCAGUUGAUCGGAUCAGAUAGCCCUUCGGGCAACCAACCAAACCCGGCGCAUAAAAUUCCAUUCCGAUCAACAACUUGGAGGUAUGGCUGAGUGGCUUAAGGCAUUGGUUUGCUAAAUCGACAUACAAGAAGAUUGUAUCAUGGGUUCGAAUCCCAUUUCCUCCGGCACGGAAGUGAAACGGGCGGGCGAAAUUACGUGAGAGAAAGAACCUCUUGGUGGAGUCCAGUCCCUGGACGGCUCUCGGUUAUUGAGCAUGGUUGGGGGAUUAGGCGGCAAAGAGCUGCUCGAAAGCUUGACGAACAAGCGAAAAAGCCUAUCAAUUCUUUUAUUUUUAGUUUAGGGUUUUUCCCUUACUAGUCAAGUGGUAAGGUAGGGCGCUAUUCGAUGAAGAAAACAUACUUUAGUCAAGUGGUAAGGUAGUUUAGCUGGUUAGAGCAAAGGACUGAAAAUAUCCUUGAAGAAAACAUACUUUAGGAAGGUGGUUCAGGUAGCUCAGCUGGUUAGAGCAAAGGACUGAAAAUCCUUGUGUCAGUGGUUCGAAUCCACUUCUAAGCGGGCGAAGGGUCCAAAGGCCGGGAGCGAGCCGGAUUUGAAAAUGAAAGUUAAAGAGUAAGCCAAAAAAUGUGAGCGCUCCUGCACUAUAGGCUUUUUUUUGGCGUCGCCCUAUCUUGCUGGAGGCAGAUAAAAAGCGGUUGAUUACUCAGAUUGGUUCUCGCGUCCCCGUGCCCAAAAGGAUGGGCGAGUUCGGUUUGAGUGUUCAUCGAUCGGGUGGAUCUAUAUGCUCCGGGGUGGUGAGACGAGGUGUAGCGCAGUCUGGUCAGCGCAUCUGUUUUGGGUACAGAGGGCCAUAGGUUCGAAUCCUGUCACCUUGAUGUGAUUGUGAUGCAAAAGAUCAUCAGAAAGGAUACAACCCCUUUAUCUUUAUGAUUCCAGCCAAGAAGCCAAAAAGUGGAAAAACCAGGGAAUAUGACUACACCGGAAAUAACUGCGUUUGUAAUUUUUGGCUUAGGCCUAACCGCGGCCACGGCAUUUCAAACGCUGUCGCGGCUUCACUUUCCGCAUCUUACCACCCUCCAUAAGGAGGCCGCUGUUGAAUCUAUCAUGGACGUAGCGGACGACGUCCUGAUAGAGGGUAUAGCGCGGAAACUGGAGGUUCUUUUAGAAAAAAAAGGAGUCCCCUUACCCGAGGGGCCCGACACCCUUAUAGAUGUAAUGGUAAAUUCGGGUCAUGGGUAUGAGG